UUGCAUUUCCACAACGGCUCCGGUGCGACGGCCGCUAACAGAGUUUUUAAUCAAUUUCGCCAAGUUGUAGAAGAAGUACAUGACAAUAAUAAGAUAUUCGUAUGAUUCAUAACGUGCGCUAUAUUUGUGUUAAUCGCUCGUUGCAUUCAACCGCGCAAAUGAGAUAAGUGCAAACGGUCUUUGAAAAAUCGAAACCACCAAUAACUCUUGGCCGGGUCUAAAUAAACAAUAGUCGACAGCAAUUAACGACCAUAACUGAUAAGGCUUUAACAAGCUGAAAGCUUUAUGUGCCAACGGGUUAAUCAUUGCUAAUAAGAAAGAACAAUAAAUAGCUUUGUUCAACAUUUUAUUUUAAAUUUCAAUUUAAACUAUAUAUGCGGGAGUUGUGAUAAUUCAAUAAUGUGUAAUGUACAGAAAAUAGGGAUUUGUGGCGCCACAACGACGGCGAUGCUGGCCAUUAUUUUGCUUGCAUUUAUUAUAUGCAGCGUAAGCGCCGUGGAUGACGCAAAUCAGCUGAUACUCUCAUCAAAAGAUUGCACGCUAACGGAACCCGUUUAUGGUCAUAAGUUUGACUUUAACAACUUGCGGUCAGAUUUGGCGCAUGUGGUAGAAAGUGAAUACAACGAUAUCUUUGAGUUUAAUGUGUGUAGCAAUCUGACACACACGUGCAACAACGAGAACAAUGUGGCCGCCUGUCUCAAGAAGCAGGGCAAGGAAUAUGUGCUGGGUCGUCAGCAAGAGCUGCAUUAUCGCAAUGGUAAAAUGUAUCUGAAUUAUACGAGUGGAGCCAAGUGUGAAAAUGGAACCGGUAACUAUCAGUUGAUAGUGCGGCUAAUCUGCGACUAUACGAUGGAUGUCAGUCCACUACGUGUAACCCCUUAUGCUGAAGAUGCUUGCACUUUUUAUGCUGAAUAUGAAACGCCGUCGGCCUGUCUUCCCAUACCAGAUGCCAUGCAGUCCAAUAGCUGCAGUGUGCGGUACACCAAUACAGGCGACAGUUUCGAUCUGUUGCCAUUGAGCGAAAACAAUUAUAGAACUACAAAUCGACAGGGCAGCUUCUUUAUAAUUAAUGUCUGCAAACCUGUGCUUUAUGGCGAGAGUGCAAUGUGUCCACCCGGCAGCAGCAUUUGUUUGUAUGAUCCAAAGACAACGGAUCUUAAAAACCGCUUUAUCAACUUUGGCAACGUUCAGUCGCAGCCCACAAUAAAGGAUGGCCAACUGUUGCUGCGUCACGAAUCCUCGACGCCAUGUGCUGGAAAUUCAAGCGCCAACUAUACGAGCAUUAUUUACUUCUACUGCGACAAGAGUGUCAGGAAUUCACAUCCGGAGUUCAUGGGGCCGGAUCAAGACGGUUGCACCUAUCGGUUCAGUUUCUCUACGCCGCUGGCGUGCAAGACAGUGAAGCCCUGCUCUGCAGUCACUUCGGGCCAUGAGCUGCUGGAUCUGAGCCCACUCAGUGGCCAUGGACCGCACAAAUUGACCAAAGAUGGCAAAACCUACACGGUGGGUGUGUGUGCAAGUGCCGGGACCCCCUGCCUGGCGAAUGGUGGCGCCUGCUAUGAUCAGAAUGGCCAGAGCACCGAACUGGGCAACUUCAAUUCACAAUUGCGUUUCAAUCAAAGCGACUCCCCGUAUUUGCUGUACGAGGGUGGUGGCAAGUGCGAUUCGAGUGACAGGCUUUGGUCCACAAAAAUCGAGUUUGUUUGUGCGAACAAUGCGACGAAGGACAAUGGAGGAGCCAAGAGCAACGGAGCUACCACGGAUGCUGUGCAAAUAAUUGAGGACUCCAAUUGCCAGCUGUUAAUUCAAUAUCAGACGCCUCAUGCCUGCCGACAGCAGAUUAGAUGCAAGGGAAAGGUCUAUGUGGAUUCCUCCGAUGGCAGCGGCAGUAACAGCGAAGAACUGGUUGACCUAACUCCACUCAUUAACGCCAACGAGAACUAUCAGGCCAUUGUGGACCCAAAAUCGAAAGCGGCCCAGCAGCUGCCCAAGGACACAAAGUUCUUUUUGAAUGUGUGCCGACCAUUAGUGCCGAAAUACCAAUUAGGCUGCGCUGGCGGCUCAGGUGCCUGCAUGGCCAAAAUGUCGAGUGCCGGGGCGCCCGAGGAGGAGCAUAGCCUUGGCUUUCCAUUGAUUCAGCUGAUGCCCAUCAACCGCACAGCCGCUGAACUGAUUUACUUGAAGGGGGAUCCCUGUCCCACCGAUAAAUCCAUGAAUCUGUCCACGAAGAUUCACUUCAGUUGCAAUAUGCGUGCAGGACGUGGUCAACCUGUGCUGAGUUCCAUUGACGACUGCAACUACCACUUCGACUGGGACACGAGCGUCAUUUGCCCGCCACAUGAAUGCACCUUCAGUGAGGAUACUUGCGAGAUUGUCCAGGAUGAGGCUGGCAUGCGGUUUAACUUUAAGAACGCCUCCUUUGCCACUGAUGGCAAAAUUGAGAUCGAGUACAAGAAGCAGAAGUUGUUGCUCAACGUUUGUGGAGCGCAUCGCAGGGCUAUGACGGAUUAUUCGCAGGAUCUGGUGAAUCUGUUCUUCACACACGACUUGCCCGGAUGCGGCAAAGAGGGAAAAAUGAAUGUACAGAUGCGUUUGAUUUGCAGCAACAAAAACGAGAACUCCACCACCAUUACAGAGGACACGCAGUGCAGUUUGCUUUAUGUGCAACGCACGCCGAGCAUCUGCCAGUUUCUGGGCCUUAGUGUGCCCCAAGACGAGGGAAGCGGCAGCACCACUUCUACCCCCAGUCCAGCAACGACAACUAGCACCAGCAGCACCACGACUAGCACCACCAGCAUAACGCCAACGGGUAAGCCAACAGAAGCCGGCACAACUGCAGCAACUGCCGCAUCUCUACCAGCUUCAAUACCGGCAGCUGUUCCCAGCCCAACGGCCUCCGUGGGCACCAUCAUGGGGAUUAUACUGUCGGUGACAUUCUUUGUGGCAUGCUUGGGAAUGUUUGCCUUCUCGCCCUCUCGAAGACAACGCGUGCGUCGCUUCUUCAGACGCAGCAACUCGGCGGUGCGCUAUUCCAGGGUGCAGUCGAACGAGGAGGCCAAUUUACUAUUAGAGCCGAAUGGCGAGUUUACAGAGAGCGAUGAUGAUAUGCUGCUCUAGAAGAAGGGAUCUGAAGAUAUUCUCGAUCCAGGGCCGAGGCCGGCAGUGGUGCGUACUGAUUGCUAUUCAAAAGUUAACCAAGAGACGUUAAGGAAACUACAAAAAGACAUGAUAAAUCCAAAAGUUUAGAACGUUCGACACC